GAUAGCGUAGUAUAUUUAUUUCUGCCUCUUAUUCCUGCUCUUGCUGCUUAGGGUUCUUAUUUCCGGUAGAUUUAGGUUUCUCCUUCGAUCGCAAAAAACACGUUCGCUCUCAAAAUCGUGCGGGCAAAACUUUGACGAUCCGAUCAAUGGCCGGACGAACGGUGCUCUCCGAUGACGAAGAGGAGGUUGAGGUUGAAGAGGACGAAGAAGAACGAGCGAUGGAGCAGGAUGCGGAUGACGUUGCGGACAGGGAUAAUGAUGAUGAAGAAGAUGAGGAAGAGGGCCAGGAUGAAUACGAACAGGAUGGAUUCAUAGUGGAUGAAGUGGAAGAAGAGGAAGAGGAGGAGGAAGAGGAGAAGCAGGAUAGUGAUGAGGAGAGGCAUAGAAAAAGGAGGAAGAAGAAAAGAGAUUCGGAGAAGAACUAUGUUCUUGAUGAGGACGAUUACGAGUUGCUCCAGGAUAACAACAUAACUGGCUUCCAUCGACCCCAGCCGGGUAGCAAAUUUAAGCGUUUGAAGAAGGCUGGAAGGGAUAAUGACUUGGAGGAUCGAUCUGGGUUUUCAGAUGAAGAAGACUUGGAUAAGAACAGCCAUGGUAGCCGCACAGCUGAAGAGAAACUUAAACGUAGUUUGUUUGGGGAUGAUGAAGUGGUGCCACUUGAGGACAUUGCUGAGGAAGAGGAACAGCCAGAAGAAGAAGAAGAAGAUGCAGACAUCAUUGGUGACGAUGAUGAAAUGGCAGAUUUUAUUGUUGAUGAAGAAGAUGUUGAUGAGACUGGUGCUGUUUUAAGAAAGAAAAAGAUAAAGAAAAAGAAGCCAGGCCAAGCUCCAGGAGUUUCAUCUUCUGCUCUACAAGAAGCUCAUGAGAUAUUUGGUGAUGUUGAUGAGCUUCUAAUGCUCCGGAAGCAAAGUCUAGCCUCCAGUGUUGGCGAUAGUAGUUGGGGUGAAAAGAAGCUGGAGGAUGAGUUUGAACCUUUUAUUCUUUCAGAGAAGUAUAUGACCCCAAAGGAUGACAGUAUACGAGAAACAGAUGUACCUGAGAGAAUUCAGCUGUCUGAAGAUAUUACUGGGCCACCUCCAACAGAUGAUAAGAGUAUAGAAGAGGAGAGUACCUGGAUCUACAGCCAACUUACAAAUGGUGGUAUCUCUCCUCUAUUUGGUUAUGACCAGUUUCUCAAAGAAAUAAACAAAGAGGAAAUUGGAAAUGUAUUGACAAUGAUUCAUGUGCAGAAGUUUGAUGUUCCUUUCAUUAGCAUGUAUCGCAAGGAGUUGUGUCAUAGCCUUUUGAAGGAUCCUGAUGCCAAUGUGCAGGAGAGUGAAGGUACUCCAAAGCUGAAAUUUCAUAAGGUUCUUUGGGCAGUUCAAACCUUGGACAAAAAAUGGUUGUUGCUUCAGAAAAGGAAGAACGCCCUUCAAUCCUACUAUAACAGACGCUUUGAAGAAGAAGCCCGGAGAAUUGAUAAUGAAUCUAGACUUGCGUUGAAUCAACAGCUUUUUAAAUCAAUCACUGAGGCAUUAAGGGAUGCAAAAUCAGAAAGAGAGGUUGAUGAUAUUGACGCAAAGUUCAAUCUACAUUUUCCACCUGGCGAAGUUGAUAUGGAGGAUGGGCAAUUUAAGAAACCAAAGAGAAAAUCAUUGUACAGCAUGUGCCACAAAGCUGGGCUUUGGGAAGUUGCCAACAAAUUUGGUGCAAAUUCUGAACAAUUUGGUUUACUUCUCUCGUUAGAAAAGAUAUCAGAUGAAUUGGAAGAUGGAAAAGAAACACCUGAAGAAAUAGCUGCAAAUUUUACAUGCACACUGUUUGAAACUCCUCAAGAUGUGCUUAAAGGAGCUAGGCACAUGGCAGCUGUAGAGAUUGGCUGUGAGCCUAAUGUUAGAAAACAUGUGCGCAGUAUCUUUAUGGAGAAGGCUGUUGUGUCAACAAGCCCUACCCAUGAAGGAAAUACCACAAUUGAUCCUUACCAUCAACUUGCAGGUGUCAAGUGGCUUCGCAACAAGCCAUUGUCUGAAUUUAGUGAUGCACAGUGGUUACUUAUCCAAAAAGGUGAAGCAGAGAAACUGAUUCAGGUCACAAUUAAAUUACCUGAUGAAAUUCAGAAGAAAUUGUUAUCGGAUGCUUCUGAAUGUUAUCUUAGUGAAUGUGUUAGUACAUCUGCUAAACUUUGGAAUGUGCAACGGAAACUGAUAUUGGAGGAUUCAUUUCUCACUUUUAUUCUUCCAAUAAUGGAAAAGGAAGCUCGGUCACUUUUGACUGCUAGGGCAAAAAACUGGCUUCUUAUGGAAUAUGGAAAACAAUUAUGGAACAAAGUCUCCAUUGCGCCUUUCAAACGGAAGGAUGCAGAGAAUGAUUUGGAAGAUGAGUCUGAAUCAAGAGUAAUGGCUUGUUGUUGGGGUCCUGGCAAGCCAGCUACUACAAUUGUUAUGUUGGAUUCAGCAGGCGAAAUGGUGGAUGUAUUAUAUGCUGGUUCAAUAAGUGUUCGGUCCCAGGCUGCCGCUGAUCAACAGAGAAAGAAAAAUGAUCACCACCGAGUUUUAAAGUUCAUGACAGAUCACCAUCCUCAUGCUGUCUGUGUUGGAGCAGCAAACAUGGCCUGCAGGCAACUAAAGGAUGAUAUAUAUGAAGUUAUUUUCAAGAUAGUAGAGGAUCAUCCAAAGGAUGUAAGUCGAGAUUUGGAAAACAUCAGUAUUAUUUUUGGUGAUGAAUCCUUGCCACGUCUUUAUGAGAAUUCAAGGGUUUCUUCAGAUCAACUUCCUGGUCAACCUGGUAUUGUGAAGCGUUCUGUUGCUCUUGGUCGAUACUUGCAAAACCCUCUAGCCAUGGUUGCUACACUUUGUGGACCAGGAAAAGAGAUAUUGUCAUGGAAACUUUGUCCCCUGGAGCAUUUCCUUACACCAGAUGAAAAAUAUGAAGUUGUUGAGCAGGUUAUGAUUGAUGCUACAAACCAAGUUGGCCUUGAUAUAAACUUGGCUGCUAGCCAUGAAUGGCUUUGUGCUCCUCUACAAUUCAUUUCUGGUCUCGGGCCUCGAAAAGCAUCUGCGUUACAAAGAGCAUUUGUUCGGGCUGGGUCUAUUUUUAACCGUAAGGAGAUACCUAUGAAAAUUCUUAGAAAGAAAGUGUUCAUUAAUGGUGUUGGGUUUUUACGUGUCCGUCGAAGUGGUGCAGCAGCAGCUAGUAGUCAUAUUAUGGACCUUUUGGAUGAUACAAGAAUUCAUCCAGAGUCCUAUGAUCUGGCAAGGAAUCUGGCAAAGGAUGUCUAUGCUGAGGAUGCUCCAGAUGAACCAAAUGAUAUGGAUGAUGAUAUACAGGAGAUGGCAAUUGAACAUGUUAGGGAAAGGCCAGACAUGCUUAGGUUGCUUGAUAUCAAUGAGUAUGCCAAGAGUAUUUUUGAUAGGUAUGGGACUGACAAAAGUGAGACCUUGUAUGAUAUAAAGAUGGAGCUUCUGCAUGGAUUCCAGGAUUUGCGGAAACCAUUUAAAGAUCCAAGUCCAGAGGAGGAGUUUGCUAUGCUCUCCGGUGAAACAGAUGAGACAAUCUCCCUUGGGCGGAUUGUUCAGGUUACAGUGCGUCAUGUGCAAGAGAGCCGUAUUGUUUGUGCAUUUGAUUCUGGUUUGAAAGGUAUGAUUAUGUCUGAUGACUACUCGGAUGAAGGGUUUGAUCCUGAAAGGAUACACGAAGGUGAUAUAAUUACCUGCAAGAUUAAGAAUGUUAACAAGAAUAGGCAUGUGGUUUACUUAACUGCUAAGGCUUCUGAUUUGAGGAAUAGGCCUUUCAACAUCCGUAAUCGUGACCCUUACUAUCAUGAGGAUGAGAUUAGUUUGCAAAGUGAUAUGGAGAAGGCUAGAAAGAAGAAGGAACUUGCAAAGAAGCAUUUUAAACCAAGAAUGAUUGUUCACCCUUGCUUCCGGAAUGUCACUGCCGAUGAAGCAAUAGAGUACCUAUCUGAUAAGGAACCUGGUGAGAGCAUCAUCAGACCAAGUUCUAAGGGGCCAUCAUUUUUAACUUUGACUUUAAAGGUUUUUGAUGGAGUGCAUGCUCACAAAGAAAUAGUGGAGGGAGGAAAAGAUCACAAAGAUAUUACCAGUUUACUACGCUUAGGGAAGACCCUAACAAUUGAUAAAGAUACCUUUGAAGAUCUUGACGAGGUUAUGGACAGAUAUGUUGAUCCAUUGGUAACUCACCUGAAAGCCAUGCUUUCUUACCGCAAAUUCAGGAAAGGGACAAAGACAGAAGUUGACGAUUUGUUAAGAACUGAAAAGGCAGCAAAUCCUAUGAGGAUAGUGUACUCGUUUGGCAUUUCACAUGAGCAUCCAGGGACUUUCAUUUUGUCCUAUAUUAGGACUUCUAAUCCACACCAUGAGUACAUAGGGCUGUACCCAAAUGGUUUUAGAUUUCGGAAAAAGGAUUUUGACAAUAUUGAUCGUUUGGUGGCGUAUUUUCAGAAGAACAUAGACAAAUUACCACCUGAUUCUGGCCCAUCCAUACGAACAGUUGCUGCAAUGGUACCCAUGAAAAGCCCUGCAUGGGCUUCCUCUGGUGGUGGAUCUGUAGCCAGUGCUUCAGCUGGCAGUAAUGAUGGCUGGAGGGGUUAUAAUUCAGACCGGGAAAGAUCAACAACUCCCGGUUCUAGAACAGGUGACAGAUUCGACUCCAGGAGCAUCAACAGUCGAGAUGUCCAUCCUAGUGGGGUUCCACGUCCAGGCCGAGGACGGGGGCGACCACAUGGAAAAGGAAAUAAUUAUGGCGGCAUUGGACACGAUUCUGAUUAUGGCACACCGAAGUGGAGCAUGAACGAAAAUGAUGGCUUGAGCACCUUUCCUGGUGCGAAAGUUAACAACUCCCCUGGAAAGGAUCCUUGGGGAUGGGGCAGCGGGGGCAGUGGGAGAGGCAACAUCACUGGUGAUAGCAGCAGUGGUGGUGAUUGGGCAGGAGGCCAUGCAGAUAGAAGCAAGGGAGGUUCGAGGGAAGGCAGUGGCGCAGGGGGCAGAGGUAGGGGUGCCUGGGAGGUCGGAAAUGGUGCUGCUCCUGGCUGGGCCGGGAAUGUCAGUGGCCGAGGUGGCUGGAGUGGAGGCAGUGAUUUUGGUGGCAGAACUGGAGAGGAAUUAGCAAAUCCUAAUGGUUCAGCCGCAGGCUUCGCAGCUAGCACUGGAUGGAGUGAUUCUAGGAGGUGAACAUCGUCUCGCCUGCCUUCAAUAGCACAGGUGGAUGGUAACUAAUACUGCUACUCAUGUCCGUCUUCUGUAACGGCAGUGGGCUAACGUGUAAAUUAGCGUAUUUAUCGUUGCAACUCAACGAACGAUCUCAAUUCCAUCUGAGAGACAACUCAACAGUGGCCAUGGCUUGUGAUGUUUCUAGGUUACCGCAGUAGGAGAGUUUCAAGCUUCGACCAAACUGUAACUGGUGAAAAGCCUGUCAGGAAAUUCUCAGUCUCUCUGUUGUCUCGUUAGCAUGUACUUGAUAUAUGUAAUGUGGGUUGAACCAUCCUUGUAACCUUGUUUUUUCACAGGACAUGGUCUCUUGCUAAAUGAUUGUGUAGGGUUUGGGGGAUGCUCAUGUACAUCCAUUCAUUUUGUUUUUAUUCACUUUUGUAUUCAUCAAGUUAUUCGUCCUUUACUCAAAUUUGAUUGCUUU